CCAUAGAGGAGGUGUUUGUGUGUUUAUCCUAGAGUGGAGGUGGCAGCAGCACGCUGACGGGGUGUGUGGUCAACCAUGGCUCAUCCCAUUGGACGAAUCCCCUUUAAUCCCCGCUCUGAGUUUACAUAACAACAGAAGGGAAGGUGACGUGAUUCUCCACGCGGUGACAUCAUCACCAGCCCUCCUAUGUCUCCGCUACGCGCGCCCAAUCCUCUCACAAUCUAUACGUGAUUCCGGCUUAGGAAGGAGGCAGCCAGGAAGGGCUUAACGCACAAGCGCACUCCUUCUGUACACACUCCCCCGUCUCACACACAGCUCCGUCCCGGGCUCCUUUGUUGCCCAUGAAGCCCCGUCGUUCUGCAAAAGGGGGGGCUGGGGCCAAAGGGCGCCGCGGAGUUUGUUUUGGAGAUUUUUUUUUUUUUUUCUUUUGGUGGUAGUGGGUCGGAUUGUGUGUCUGUAGCCUGAGCUGCGUCAAUGAGAGACAGAGGGCUGGAAGGGGCAGCAGCACGGGCCCGGGACAACAUGGCCCUAAAGCUGUUCUUCUGGGAGCUGGAGGAGCAUCUGAAGAGCUCUUCGGGCAUUGGUGUGGUUGCCAUUGACAACAAGAUUGAACAAGCCAUGGAUUUGGUGAAGAGCCACCUGAUGUAUGCCGUGCGAGAGGAGGUGGAGGUCCUGAAGGAGCAGAUCAAGGAGCUGAUCGAGCGCAACACUCAGCUGGAGCAGGAGAACAACCUCCUGAAGAACCUGGCCAGCCCGGAGCAGAUGGCCCAGUUCCAGGCGCAGGUGCAGACGGACGGCUCUCCGAGCAGCGCCGUCCAGCCCCCGGUCCCCGGAGGGAACGCGCAGGUCCUCCCGUCCACACAGAACUCCGGCACGUCGGCGUAGCGCGGAAGCCGUACACUGGAAAAGCCCACUAAAGAGUAGGACUCGAACAUCAGCAAGACCGACCAUGCCAACAUCAGGAGGAGCACUAACCAGAAAAAAAAACCUUUUGUUUUGUUGCACAUUUAAUUUAACUAAAAGAAAUGGAGUUGCACCGGUGUGUAUGUGUACAUAUGUGUGUAUGUGUGUGUGUGUCCGUCUUCAUUUCGUCUGCAACUUCCACUACCUGCAACUUCUGCUACCUGCUUCAGACAAUCCUCGUUGUCAUGCUGGUCGUAGUCUCACAGUGAGGGGGAGGACAGAGCGAUCAGAGGGGCUCGCCGUUUUCCUUUUUUUUUUGUCCCUUUGCACUUCUCUGCAAGCGGCGUCGAAAGACUUUUAAAAGGCAUCACCGUUCCACAUCCCUGUCCUUGGAUCUCACACCUUUUUAUUUUUUUUUUCAUGGACGGAUCAUUCAUGCAGGGAAUUAUUGUUAUUUUAAAAAUGCAGUAGCAGCUGGAACACGUUUGCUGUUAUUGUUUUAAAUAAUGACCUGACUGUUUGUAGGUAGUAAGUUUUUGUACAGAUGAGAACUUUUCAUUUUUAACUCUGCCAAGUGCCUGGUUUCUAACCAUAGAUACAUAUAUGAAGCGUUUUUUUUUAUUUGUUUUAUCAGUUUGUGUAUAUAAAAUAUAUAUAUAUCUAUGGUUUUGCCAGGUUUUGACCUACUUGUGGUGUCAUAACUCAAGGGGGGGGGCAACAGAAGAGGACGUUUUUACCUCAACACUAAGAUGCUGUCUCUCUCCUGCAGUGACUCACAAUUUUUGUACUGUAUUCCCAACAAGCCUCUGCUUCAGGCUCACUUGCUCAAAUGAUCUGGACUCUUUACAUUUGGGGAUGUGUGUAGCUUUUGUUUAUUUUUUGUUUGUUUUUUGUACAGCCAAGUGUGUGAAUUGCUCGUAGUGCAACUGGAGCUCUGAACACAAUAAGGAGACAGUCGGUAUAAAGAAAGGAAAAUGCCUAGCGUCAUUUGUGUCAGGUUUCCUGUGCAUGUUCCUUCAGCCCAUCACAAAUGUGACGUUUCAAAUUGCACUAGACAGUUGCACCUCAAAUAAAAACAUGAAAUAAAAAAGUA